AUGAGCUCCUUUGGCUACGACCCCUUCUUCCCCGCCUACAAGCGGCGCUACGCCGAGAGUCCCCGGCUGCACAUCGGCACGGUGCGCAGCAGCAGCGGCAGCAGCGGCGGCGGCGGCUAUGGCUUGUCCCGCUCCACGUAUUCCAGCCUCUCGGCGCCGGUCUCCUCCGUGUCGGUGCGCCGGAGCUACGCCGCCUCGUCGGCCUCGGGCUGCCUGCUGCCCUCGGUGGAGAGCUUCGACCUGAGCCAGGUGGCGGCCAUGAGCAGCGACCUCAAGUCCAUCCGCAGCCAGGAGAAGGCGCAGCUGCAGGACCUCAACGACCGCUUCGCCAGCUUCAUCGAGCGGGUGCACGAGCUGGAGCAGCAGAACAAGGUGCUGGAGGCCGAGCUGCUGGUGCUGCGGCAGAAGCACGCCGAGCCCUCCCGCUUCCGCGCCCUCUACGAGCAGGAGAUCCGCGAGCUGCGCCUGGCGGCCGAGGAGGCCAGCGGCGAGAAGCAGGCGCUGCAGGGCGAGCGGGAGAGCCUGGAGGAGACGCUGCGCGGGCUGCAGGCGCGCUAUGAGGAGGAGAUCCUGAGCCGGGAGGACGCCGAGGGCCGGCUGCUGGAGAUGCGCAAAGGGGCGGACGAGUCGGCGCUGGCCCGGGCCGAGCUGGAGAAGCGCAUCGACAGCCUGCUGGACGAGCUGGCCUUCCUCAAGAAGGUGCACGAGGAGGAGCUGGCCGAGCUGCAGGCGCAGAUCCAGUACGCGCACCUCUCGGUGGAGAUGGAAGUGUCGGCCAAGCCGGACCUCUCGGCGGCGCUGCGCGACAUCCGGGCGCAGUACGAGAAGCUGGCGGCGCGCAACAUGCAGAACGCCGAGGAGUGGUUCCGCAGCCGCUUCACCGUGCUCACCGAGAGCGCCGCCAAGAACACCGACGCCGUGCGCGCCGCCAAGGACGAGAUCUCCGAGAGCCGCCGGCUGCUCAAGGCCAAGACGCUGGAGAUCGAGGCCACCCGCGGCAUGAACGAGGCGAUGGAGAGGCAACUGCAGGAGCUGGAGGAGAAGCAGAACGCCGACAUCGCCGCCAUGCAGGACACAAUUAAUAAAUUAGAAAAUGAACUGAGAACCACAAAGAGUGAGAUGGCCCGUUAUUUGAAAGAAUAUCAAGAUCUUCUCAAUGUGAAAAUGGCUCUGGAUAUUGAAAUUGCAGCAUACAGAAAAUUGCUGGAAGGUGAGGAGACACGGCUUAGUUUCACUGGUGUUGGAAGCAUAACCAGUGGCUACACUCAGAGUGCCCCAGUCUUUGGCAGGUCUGCCUACAGCGGUUUACAGAGCAGCUCCUAUUUGAUGUCAGCCCGUUCCUUCCCUGCUUACUACUCCAGUCACGUUCAGGAAGAACAGAUAGAAGUAGAGGAGACUAUUGCGGCAGCAAAAAUGGAAGUGGCCAAAGCAGCACCCCCUUCAGAAGAAGGUGAGGAGGAGGAGAAGGAGGAGGCUGAGGAAGAGGAGGGAGGAGAAGAAGCUGAAGAAGAGGAAGAAGGUGCCAAGGAGGAAUCUGAGGAAGCCAAAGAGGGUGAGGAGGAGGAAGGAGGAGAAGAGGAAGAAGGAGAAGAAGGAGAGGAAUCCCAAGAGGCUGCUGAGGAAGCUGAAGAUGGGGAGAAGAAGGAAGAGGCAGCAGGAGAGGAAGAGAAAAAAGAGAAGAAGAAGGAUUGA